CAUUACACAUGGCAAAGUAAAUGUCUUAAGCUAGGGACACAGCACCAUCUCCAGGAGGUGCGACUGAAUAACUUCUAGAAAUAUUUCUCACUCUCUUGUCCCUUUGCAAGACCUACUACCAUACGUCAGACAUUUAGAAUAACAAAAAUGCCUCCAAGUUAUGCUAAAACUAUAACCCUGGGUAAAAACUAACUGGAUUUACAAUAAUAUUUUAGGACUAAGUUGUGAUUAAAACUGCUCAAGUAGAUAAAAUAAUGUUAAAUAUUUGUUUGUCCAGUUAAAGUACAACAUUGAAUUAUUGUGGAACAUCUAGGCCAACACAAAGGAUAGUUAACAAUGUGGUAGAUGAGAACCUGUGAAGAAGACAGGGGGGUACAUCCUGUAAAGGUGUUACAGAGACUAGUAGCUGAGGACUCCCCCACAUGCACAAACAUUUCUCAAACACAUUCUCAGAAAUCAUGGCUGGCACAUGUGUCCUGUUCUUGAUCAUCACUCUUCUGCCUGCUCCAGGGCUUACAGACCAGCAGAACUCUGGCAUAGUCAAUGGGGCUGAGGCCAGACGCAACUCCAAACCCUACAUGGUCUCUGUUCAGACGAAGAACAAGAAUCAUAUCUGUGGAGGGUUCCUUGUGUCUGAGAACUUUGUCAUGACGGCUGCCCACUGCUACACAUGGGGUGUGAAUCUGACAGUUGUGGUUGGUGCUCAUGAUAUUACAAGGCAGGAAAGCUCUUCUUACAGGAUUGAUGUGAAAUAUUACCACAUACAUCCUGGUUACAAUGAGAAGACACUUGAGAACGACAUUAUGCUGUUGCAGCUUGUCAAAACUAUCCCGAAGAGUAAAGCUGUGCAACAGAUCUCACUCCCUAAGAAAGACCAGGCGGUCAAGGCCAAAACCCUUUGUAACGUGGCUGGGUGGGGUGCUACCAAAACAGGAGGUACUGCAAACCAGCGUCUUAUGGAGGUGAAUGUCACUGUUAUAGACAGAAGUUCCUGCCAGAGAUCUUGGGGGAAGACUACUACCAUAACCCUGUCUAUGAUAUGUGCUGGUGGGACUGCUGAGGAUUAUAAAGGUGUUUGCCAGGGAGAUUCAGGAGGCCCUCUGGUGUGUAAGACGACAGCAGUGGGGAUUCAGUCAUUCAACCAAAAGGGAAACUGCAAUAAGCCACAGAAGCCUAAUGUCUACAUUAAAAUAGCCAAGUACCUCCCCUGGAUAAAGUGUAUCAUUAAGUAUUAAAGAACUAAAUCCAGAUAAUAUGUAAGGGAUAAACACCAAUGUUCUGUACAUUGCCCUGUAAAUAAUGGAUGUAGCAACAGGGGGAGGUGCAGCCGUGUAUUGUACAGAACGAAGUUGUUUACCCCUUUUUCAUAACAUAUGCCAUUGUCAACAAACAACAAUAUAAGCAAACAUUUACUAGGAUAAAAGGAAAUGUCCAAUGACUCAAAUUAAAAUUAAUCUAUUUUAAUGUUGAUAAGUUGCACAUUAUUUAACUGAAUCAAUUAAAACACAACAAGGCUAUAUAAACUGUGUCUAAUCAUUCAUCACACUCCUGUACAUUUCUAUUGAUUAUUACAGGGGGAAUGAAACACGUGUACAGACCAGGGCCCUGAUUCUAUGUCUCCUAAAAUAAACUCUGAAGCCAUAGACAACUUCACAUGACUAUAACAGAUAUAAUGAUCUGAUUGUCUGUAAUUAUACAUUAGCUUUUACAUUUCAUGGGUAUUGUGCAUGUUGUUCAUUCAUGGACAAAGUCAUUCUUAACUUUACAAGUUAAAAAUUGGUUCUGUCAAUGAGAACAUUAAGUACUUCUAUUGGAUUGGGUUCAUAAGAAUGCCUAGGGGUGUAAAUAAUCAAGACAGAAAAAUGUGUAUUCAUGAAAAAAAAUGAUGCUAAUAUUUAUUUCUCCAUUAACAUUUUUGCAACACCUUUUUCAAAUUUCAACAAAUUUCAAGAUUUUUUUGUGCAAGAUCAAGCAAAUAAAUAACCAUGACAUUCUGUAUAAUCUGUAUCAAGGCCACUACAUUUAUAACAUUAAAUACAUUUUCCUAAGCCACAUUCUUGAGGUGCGGAAUUUACAUCCAUAUCAGAUGAACUAUUUACAAAUUACAGAACAUUGUGUAUAAAGUGGGCUUCAAAGCUUUCUUAAUAGGCAGGUAUGUUUGUUUAUAUUGUCAAUGUUUGUUCAUAGAGACUAGGCUUUACAUUUUGAGUUUGUUGCUGAUGUCUGAGAACAUCAGGAUCAAAGUGUCAAUGCAAAUCAAGCUGGCUAAUGCUUUUCAUUUGAAGAUAAAAAAAAACAGUCCAGCAAAUCACAUACACUCUCAGGAGUUAGGUGUAGAGGUAAGACAUAAAUCAUUAUUCUUAGCCUAGUUACAGUUUGCAAAAAGUACCUUUAUAACUUGUAGAGUUCUGGGACAAAGUGUUGUGGACCAUGCUGGAUGCUGCUUCAACAUGCAGAAUAACAAUGACCUGAAAAGCAUUGUUAAAGAUACUAAAUAGUUUUCAAGGUUGAAAAAGUCGAAAGCUAUUUACUGGUCAGGUCAAUAAUCUUUUUUGAAACCAACUGAGCCUGCCUACCAAGUGCAUAACAGAAGAACAAAAGCAAAAACCAAACAUAUUGGAAACCAUUAAGCCAAAGCAACAUCUUAGGAAACACUGUGUGGGGAACAAAGACCCAGUACUGUUUGGAGCUGUCUAAAGAGCCAUAGAUUGAAGAAGUUAGAUCGAUUCUUCUA